UAUGUAUUGUUCAUCUAUUUCACCAAAUUUACAAAGAGUCUUAGCAUUCAUUUAUUUCUCUUUUAUUUCACCGUUGUCUUUGUUUACUAUUCACUAUUCACUAACCAACCACCUGUUACACACUGCCUAUGACGUCAAAAUAGCCCCAACAAGCUGUCGUGUGACCGCUGUAUGUCUUUCUUCUUCACAACUGUUAGCUUUCACAGCGUUCUUCCCAUCGGCUAGCAACUUCUUUGGAUAAAAUGAAAGUCAUAUAUAUGCUGUCAAACCGCUACCGCCAUUCUUAAUCCAUUAACGUAAAUGCCACUCUUCCGCCAGUCACACGUGUAGCUCCCCAAAUCACCCCUGGCGAGCUACUCGACAACAAGCCUUUGAGGUUUAUUCACUAUUCUUUUUCUCAUCAACGACCUGCAAACUAACCAUUUUAGAAUAAACAAUCCGGACGAAGAUGUAUUUGACUUCAACGGCACUGUGUCCCAAAUCACCCUGUAGACGAUAGACCCUUCGACCACAUAGACAAACGCACACUCAUCUGCAGCGAAAUCGUACAAACACACCAAAUCUCUGUUACAGAAAUACAAAAUAUACUACAAACCGAUAAUCAGAAACCGCUCUUUCGCAACCGUUCCUUUUCCUCCAAUACACUCUCGUAAUGCACUUCAACCUCCUCCUUUGCGUCUGUCUUCUCCACCGACACCUCUACUCUACCAGCCUCAGCACCAUCCUGUCCUUCUGUCCCCGACUGACCCUUCUCCCCGUCGUCUCCCACCGGUGCCAUUCUCCGAGUAGCCUCUAAUUCUCUCAACACCUCAAACAGAGGCUUCGCAUCCUCCGGCCACGCAACAUCGCCCGUCAAAAUCGUCUUGGCGGAGAUACCGCGCUGGUUAUACAAAGCAGCAUUUGCAUCUGCACGGCUCAACAUCACCGUCCCUUGAAUCUGGACGCCCGCCCACACGCCUCGGCUCUUUAUAUAACUCCACACGGGCCUUGCGCUCGCCGACAGUGCCGCGCUCACAGCAGCCCCAGACCCUACAGGGCCGACCGCCACAGACGCAUCGCCGCCGAGCGACACCCUUGGCCUCGUAAAGGCCGCAACCUGCUGCGGCGUAGUGAGGACGCAGACACACUCGUACAAAUCGAUGCCAAAAACGAAUCCCGCGCCAAGCGUGCUCACUACGAAAGCCGACGGCGGCGACCAGCUCCCAUCUGCGCGGCGGGCAACGACUACGCCCGAUCCACCGGCCAGUGAGCCGUUCAUGUGGCCGACACGAAGGACGUUGAAAAUGGCUAGCCCGGCACAAUUGCGUAGGAUUUCGUCAGGGAUAGUCACAAUUGACUUUUUGGUCAGACCGGUCGGGUGCAGCGGUGCUGCGGCCGUGGGAAGCGGCAUGUUCUGGAGCUUGGUGAAGGAGUAGAGGAUGCGUGCGGCCUUGCUGCACUCGCGGUGCAUAGUGCUUGGCCACCAGCCCUCGGCACCAAUGAUAUUGGCGGCUUUGUUGAGAGGGCGGCCAAUACUGGAAGAGACUCUAUGGAAGCGAUGACCGAAACGGGAGGGCUGGGGGGUUGCAGUGUCGCUUGGUGUUGCGUCAGAGGGUGGCCUACCAUCGUCACUGGUGGCUGUGGUGUAUGAUGGAAGAAGGGGAUCUUCUUUGGACGAAUUCUUGGUAUCCAUGAUUUUUAAAGUGUUGGGUAGGUUCUCUCUUGUUGUUAGAAGUAUGAAUAUAACACUACCCAUCCCUCCAGGAGACCAUGCUUUUAUACAUCCUGUGUCGAUGUUGAUGCCUAUGGCCAUGAGUGUCAGUUCUUCGCUUGUGCUAAGCCUCCAUUAUGCCCACGCAAUCUCUCCCACACUUAAGCAUAACGCUGCGUCUCCAUCGUCUCGUUCGUCUGCCCUCUCGCCUCUUCGGUUUUCUUGCGAGAACGCGAGGGCGUCUAUUAGAGGUGAUUUGCCUAUUCUGGAAACCCCACAGCCUAACCAGCAGGGCCAGGUAAUUGGCUGGUUCGCACAACGGCUUACGCAGGCCCAUCAGGCGCAAGGGCUUGAUGAUGUUGUCGAUGAUGUCCUAACGUGGCGCAGCUGUUCACCAUCCUCUCCUUCUUUUUUCGUCUUCUUCUUUUAUUCGCAGCUUUGGCAUUAUUAAUGCUCCGGUGACCAAGCCUCUGUUUUUUGGAGCACUAUUUUCAUAUGCACUAAAGGUGGGCUCUGGCCUUGUCGCCUUACCCAUCCGCUACAGUUGUUGUAUAUGUACCCCAUACUUUGGAUGGCUUCUCCAGUGGAGCAAAACGCCAUAAACCCAAAAACAAAAGAUGGCACUGGAAAUAUGAUGCACCAGCUCCUAAACACCUGUCCUCUAUAUCUUGCCUCAAAACACCGCUCAUAAUAGUGCCACCAUGUCUUGUCGCUGGAGUAGCAGUAGCACUAUAGUACGAUGACGCUGCUACAGCUUCCCUUGUACUCGAUACCUUCACAUGCCAAAAACCAAUCUAAUUAAACACGCCAGCGACUCGCCAUUCCCCCUCUUCCGGGCAAUACCAUGCUUCAAAGAGAAUAUAAAAAACAACAAAGUAAUAUAGAAGAUUAAAAACAGUCAAGCUUCUUCUCUCCCCUUCUCUUUUGUAUUUUGCCUGUCCACGUCGAGUCCACUCGCUUCCCCGCUAUCCGACGAAUCCCAGCACUGCAUCCAUCCCCACGCACACAUAUCGACGACAUCACCACCAACCAGUCCAUCUCACCACAGCAAUCCCACGCGCGCACUCUUCGCCAUUAUCACAACACAGCGCCACAAUGACUGCCGAAGCAAAUAUAAAAUCGGCCAUCACCGCCCACGCCACCAACGCCUAUACAUACGCCCAGACACGUCUCGACGCUGUCAUCCCCCCUUCUACGCGCGGCAGAACAUAUGCCCAGACAAAGUCCUUUGCUACCACGCGCCCUGUCCUCUUUUCCCUUGUCGCCGCUCAGAUCGCUUUCGCUAUUAUCCCACUCACGGCUUUUGCCACAUUUGUAGUCUGCACCGUUGCCUUCUCCUUUGGCGCCGCCGUGCUUUCUAUCCUCUUCUGGAUCUCCGUAUCCCUCUUCUUCCUUGUGCCUGCUCUCCUCCUUAGCUGUGUCGGAGCGCUGCUGGUUUGGGCAUGGGCCGUGGGCUGUUUCCUAGCCGCUAGAGCGCUCUACUCGUACGUCCCAGCCGAUAUUCAGGAUCAAGUACAGACCCGCAUUGCGCAGGCCAAGGAUGCAAUCCCCGCUGUCAAGGUAGAGAAGCAAGAUUUCAAUGGCGUCAAGCUUACGCCUCACAACUGAUAUACAGAAAACUAAAAUGGGGUGGACGAAGUAGGAACAACAGAGCCAUGAUUCAAACAGAAAAGAGCCGAGUUUUAGGAUACCCAAGCAUAAGCUCCAAAUAGUUUACCGGGCGGAUUGGCUUUGUUUAGCCUAGGAAAACAAAUACUUAAUCACAAAAAGGAAUGCAUAACUUUUCAUCAAAUAUGAGGCAACAUCAGGUGAUUGCUUAAAACAUCUUCUAUUGCUAUGGACCAGCUCUAUAAGAGGCCGAUGCCACUCUUACAAAUACAGGCCUUCUGGUUCUCCUUCUUGCUUCGUCUUGAGUACACGCUCGCGGGCGGUUCUAAAGUCUGCCAUUUGCACGCGCAUACGACGCUCACGCAGAGCCAUCAUACCCGCCUCAGAACAGAUAGCCUUGAUGUCAGCGCCAGAAAGAUCGUCCUUUUGCGAAAUAAACUCCUCCAAGUCGACGUCGUCUCCGAGAUUCAUCUUCGAGGUGUGGAGAGUAAAGAUCUUGCGCUUUGUAUUGGUAUCGGGGUUCUCAAACAGAAUCUUACGGUCAAUGCGACCAGGACGGAUCAGGGCCGGAUCCAGAGACUCAAUCUUGUUGGUGGCCAUAAUCACCUUGACGUCACCCCGGUCAUCAAAACCGUCCAGCUGGUUGAGCAGUUCUAACAUAGUUCGCUGGACUUCUCUCUCACCACCGGAUGUGGAGUCGUAUCGCUUCGUACCAAUCGCGUCGAUUUCAUCAAUAAACACAAUCGAUGGCGCAUUUUCACCAGCAACCUGGAACAGCUGUCGAACCAGUCUUGGACCGUCACCCAAGUACUUCUGAAUAAGCUCGCUGCCUACAAUGCGCAAAAAGGUUGCCGACGUCUGGUUUGCUACUGCCUUGGCUAGUAGCGUCUUACCGGUACCAGGGGCACCGUAGAGGAUAACACCCUUGGGAGGCUUGAUACCCAUUUCUUCGUACAGCUCUGGAUGCAGCAGAGGUAAUUCUACCGACUCUCUGACUUCCUGAAUCUGCUGUUCCAGUCCACCGAUAUCGGCGUACGACUCUGUGGGCGCCUUGUCAAGCUUCAUGACGCUGACAAUGGGGUCUGUAUCGUCUGUCAAGACACCAACAAUGCUCACACUCUUGUGAUGUAGAAGCACGCUUGCGCCAGGCUCCAGCAAGUCCUUGUCAACAAAGCUCAUGAUGCUAACAUAGUACUCGGGGCCUGUUGUGCUGCUGACAAUAGCAUGGUCGUCAUCAAUCAGCUCUUCCAGCGUGCCUACACCCAUCGGGCUGCCUCUCAUGUCGUCAACGCGGCCACGUUCGUCAGCGUUUCUGUCGGCAUCGGCUUCGGGCCCGGCAGCGACAACAGCACCUUCCUUGGUCGCCUUGGCCUUGCGGAGGCGUUCUUGGUUCUCCACGUAUUCCUCUUCCAGUAGCAAGUGAUCGUGGAUUCGCUGCAUUCGUAGAAGGCGUAGCUUGCAUCGACUUGUAGGGAAGACAGCAGGGAGCUUAGCAGCAGCGCUGGUGCCGCCAGCCUUUCUCUUCUUGCGCCCAACGCGGGUCGUAGGUCUUGGUGGGGGUUCGUACUUGGGCUUAUCCUU